AUGUCACUCAAAGCUAGAAGACAAGUGAAUUUGAGUUUGGAAGUACCUCAAGCUCAACCGGAGAGUGCAGAUAGUAUGAAAACUCCUAAUCCUUUCAACCCACAAUUCCACAUAUCCACCAAUUCAAAGGAAACUCAAAUGGUCAUGACUCCUGAUACUCCUUACAUACCAUUAUCACCAUUUGGGAAACAAAAGAUACCAUGGACUGAGCAUCAAGAGGGUAUUUUACAAGCUUACCUCCAUCAAGCUACUCACGCUGGUGAAUGGGCUCCAGGAGAACUACCACCUUCUCAUAUCUUAGAUCAACUAUGUAAACAAGUAGUCACUAUAGAAUCACUUUCUUCACCUACAUGGCCCCAUGACUCAAGAUCAACUCGUGAACGUUUAUUCAACCUGGCAUUGAUAGAAUCAAGAAAUUCUGUUGGGGGUCAUAGAAAAUCGGAUAAAGAUGCUAUUGUUCCUGUUACUCUUACAUCGACCGAAAUGAAUGUUAGAAAUCAAAGACCAAGUUUGACCGUUUUGGGAAUACAAGGACAAGCUAGACAUCAAGAUAGUAUGGAUUUAUUACUUGGUCAAAAUUCGGAUGAAGAAGGUAUCGUUAUUGCACAAAGGUUGAGUAGUUCAUUACAAGAUACUACUGUUGGUAAUGGUGGUGUUUUACAUUCCAAAAAUGGAUUAUCUUCUCCCCUCGCAUUCACCUUCAACGUUAAUCUUUCAACUCUAUGUAAUCGUAGACCUUCAUACCCUUCUGUUCAUUCACCAUUACCACGUCCAUCACCUCUUUCACGUGGACCAUCAUUCACUUCUGCCGAUUUAUAUUCUUCUCAAGAAGAUCAAGAUCAAGAUGAUUCUUUGAAUUCUAUCUCUUCAAUGUCUUCCAUUUCUUCUAUCGAUGAAGAAAGCAAUAACAUUAAUCUUUCUCAAGAGAUCGAAUCAGAACCGGAAUUAGGUGGAGAAUCAGAUUCUCCAAUUUCAGAAGAUACACAAUUUUCUACAUCACCAAUUUCAUCUUCUAUCAUUUCUUUCAAUUCAAACUCGAAUGUUUCGAAUUCAAAUUCGACCAAUUCGAAUUCAAUGCAAUCAAUUCAAGAUCCACGUACACCUUUAUCAGCUUCAUUCAAUUUAAUGAAACUUCAUUCAACAACUUCAACUCCAACGCCAACUCCAACUCCUACUUUAGGUACAAUCUUAAGUCCAACAGGUGAGAAUAUAACUUUGACAAUUACUUUACCACCAUCACCACAAUCGAAUCCUAUUCAAACUCAAACUCAAACUUCAAGAUUAUCACCUUCUUCACCAAGUUCAACAACAGCAACAUAUUCACCAACAUCUACUCGAUCCAAUUCUGUUAUUUCAUCACCAAAUUCUGAAAAUACCAUAACGGUUCAAACUCCUAUUUCCGAAAAUGGUCUUGAAAAUCAAUCCAACAUACCUGGUGCUCCUAUACAACCCAGAAGACCGAUACCUUUGAAUUUACCAUUGAGACCUAUACAUUUAGCGAGAAGUUUGAGUGAUGAUGCUUCUGGAGAAAAGAUGAUUAAACGUCAGAGAACACCGGGUGGGUUGGCGGUAAGAGGUUUGGGAGGGGAUUUGAGAAGUCCUUUUGAACAUAAACCAGUUACUUUUGUUCAGAAGAUGGGUCAAUGA